AUGAAGCAACCACGUUGCGGCAGCACCAAUGUCCAACUGUAUUCCGUUGUGGUUGACGGACAAUCUCCAGCCCAGGAUGUAACUGGCGAACAGCCCGUCGAUGUCACUGACAAGCUGGAAGUUUCCUUGGAUACCAGCAAGCUGGAGGAGACUCCAGUAGUAAUGAGUGUCUCUGUAGACGUCAACACCGACAAAACAGGCAAACUCCGUGUUGUAACUGACGAAUGGCCAAAGAGUAUGACCUUACAACAGGAACAGUUGAGGUGGUCUUUAACAAAGCCGGCGACAAAGUCAGCUUUGUUGUUGUGCCAGAUGAGGGAGGGUGCCAGUGUACAGUUGUCUUCUGUAAACAUUGAAGUCUGCAUUAAAGUCUCGCCAACUGAAGGGACACCAGCUACCACUGCAGGAACACCAGCUACAACCGCUGGAACACCAGCUACAACUGUGGGGACACCAGCUACAACUGCAGGAACACCAGCUACAACAGCAGGUACGCCGGGUACAACAGCAGGAACGCCAGGAACAACUGCAGGAACACCAGCUACAACUCCUGGAAAAUACGAGUGUGCGGAAGAAGGAACCCCGUUGGACAGCACAAAUGUCCAGCUGUAUUCUGUUUUGGUUGACGAACAAUCUCCUGACCAGGAUGUGACUGGCGAUCAGCCCGUCGAUGUAACUGACAGAUUAGAUGUUACCUUGGAUGAGAGCAAGCUGGAGGAGACACCAGUAGUAAUGACUGUCUCUGUAGACGUCAACACCGACACACCAGGCAAACUCCGUGUUAUACUGACUAAUGAUGAUGAAGAAGUAGAGGUUAAAGUGUUUGACCUUACAACCGGUACUGUUGAUGUGACGUUUAACAAACCCGGCGACAAAGUCAGCUUUGUAGUUGAGCCAGAUGAGGAGGGUGCCAGUGUACAGUUGUCUUCUGUAGACAUUGAAGUCUGCCUUAAAGUAUCGCCAACUGAAGGCACACCAGCCACAACAGCAGGAACACCAGCCACAACAGCAGGAACACCAGCCACAACUGCAGGAACACCAGCCACAACAGCAGGAACACCAGCUACCACUGCCGGAACACCAGCUACCACUGCAGGAACACCAGCUACCACUGCAGGAACACCAGCUACAACUCCUACAGUGUACCAGUGUGCCGAUGAAGCAACCACGUUGGGCAGCACCAAUGUCCAACUGUAUUCCGUUGUGGUUGACGGACAAUCUCCAGCCCAGGAUGUAACUGGCGAACAGCCCGUCGAUGUCACUGACAAGCUGGAAGUUUCCUUGGAUACCAGCAAGCUGGAGGAGACUCCAGUAGUAAUGAGUGUCUCUGUAGACGUCAACACCGACAAAACAGGCAAACUCCGUGUUGUACUGACGAAUGGUGAUCAGGAAGUAGAGGCCAAAGAGUAUGACCUUACAACAGGAACAGUUGAGGUGGUCUUUAACAAAGCCGGCGACAAAGUCAGCUUUGUUGUUGUGCCAGAUGAGGAGGGUGCCAGUGUACAGUUGUCUUCUGUAAACAUUGAAGUCUGCAUUAAAGUCUCGCCAACUGAAGGGACACCAGCUACCACUGCAGGAACACCAGCUACAACCGCUGGAACACCAGCUACAACUGUGGGGACACCAGCUACAACUGCAGGAACACCAGCUACAACAGCAGGUACGCCGGGUACAACAGCAGGAACGCCAGGAACAACUGCAGGAACACCAGCUACAACUCCUGGAAAAUACGAGUGUGCGGAAGAAGGAACCCCGUUGGACAGCACAAAUGGCCAGCUGUAUUCUGUUGUGGUUGACGGACAAUCUCCUGACCAGGAUGUGACUGGCGAUCAGCCCGUCGAUGUCACUGACAGAUUAGAUGUUACCUUGGAUGAGAGCAAGCUGGAGGAGACACCAGUAGUAAUGACUGUCUCUGUAGACGUCAACACCGACACACCAGGCAAACUCCGUGUUAUACUGACUAAUGAUGAUGAAGAAGUAGAGGUUAAAGUGUUUGACCUUACAACCGGUACUGUUGAUGUGACGUUUAACAAACCCGGCGACAAAGUCAGCUUUGUAGUUGAGCCAGAUGAGGAGGGUGCCAGUGUACAGUUGUCUUCUGUAGACAUUGAAGUCUGCCUUAAAGUAUCGCCAACUGAAGGCACACCAGCCACAACAGCAGGAACACCAGCCACAACAGCAGGAACACCAGCCACAACUGCAGGAACACCAGCCACAACAGCAGGAACACCAGCUACCACUGCCGGAACACCAGCUACCACUGCAGGAACACCAGCUACCACUGCAGGAACACCAGCUACAACUCCUACAGUGUACCAGUGUGCCGAUGAAGCAACCACGUUGGGCAGCACCAAUGUCCAACUGUAUUCCGUUGUGGUUGACGGACAAUCUCCAGCCCAGGAUGUAACUGGCGAACAGCCCGUCGAUGUCACUGACAAGCUGGAAGUUUCCUUGGAUACCAGCAAGCUGGAGGAGACUCCAGUAGUAAUGAGUGUCUCUGUAGACGUCAACACCGACAAAACAGGCAAACUCCGUGUUGUACUGACGAAUGGUGAUCAGGAAGUAGAGGCCAAAGAGUAUGACCUUACAACAGGAACAGUUGAGGUGGUCUUUAACAAAGCCGGCGACAAAGUCAGCUUUGUUGUUGUGCCAGAUGAGGAGGGUGCCAGUGUACAGUUGUCUUCUGUAAACAUUGAAGUCUGCAUUAAAGUCUCGCCAACUGAAGGGACACCAGCUACCACUGCAGGAACACCAGCUACAACCGCUGGAACACCAGCUACAACUGUGGGGACACCAGCUACAACUGCAGGAACACCAGCUACAACAGCAGGUACGCCGGGUACAACAGCAGGAACGCCAGGAACAACUGCAGGAACACCAGCUACAACUCCUGGAAAAUACGAGUGUGCGGAAGAAGGAACCCCGUUGGACAGCACAAAUGGCCAGCUGUAUUCUGUUUUGGUUGACGGACAAUCUCCUGACCAGGAUGUGACUGGCGAUCAGCCCGUCGAUGUAACUGACAGAUUAGAUGUUACCUUGGAUGAGAGCAAGCUGGAGGAGACACCAGUAGUAAUGACUGUCUCUGUAGACGUCAACACCGACACACCAGGCAAACUCCGUGUUAUACUGACUAAUGAUGAUGAAGAAGUAGAGGUUAAAGUGUUUGACCUUACAACCGGUACUGUUGAUGUGACGUUUAACAAACCCGGCGACAAAGUCAGCUUUGUAGUUGAGCCAGAUGAGGAGGGUGCCAGUGUACAGUUGUCUUCUGUAGACAUUGAAGUCUGCCUUAAAGUAUCGCCAACUGAAGGCACACCAGCCACAACAGCAGGAACACCAGCCACAACAGCAGGAACACCAGCCACAACUGCAGGAACACCAGCCACAACAGCAGGAACACCAGCUACCACUGCCGGAACACCAGCUACCACUGCAGGAACACCAGCUACCACUGCAGGAACACCAGCUACAACUCCUACAGUGUACCAGUGUGCCGAUGAAGCAACCACGUUGGGCAGCACCAAUGUCCAACUGUAUUCCGUUGUGGUUGACGGACAAUCUCCAGCCCAGGAUGUAACUGGCGAACAGCCCGUCGAUGUCACUGACAAGCUGGAAGUUUCCUUGGAUACCAGCAAGCUGGAGGAGACUCCAGUAGUAAUGAGUGUCUCUGUAGACGUCAACACCGACAAAACAGGCAAACUCCGUGUUGUACUGACGAAUGGUGAUCAGGAAGUAGAGGCCAAAGAGUAUGACCUUACAACAGGAACAGUUGAGGUGGUCUUUAACAAAGCCGGCGACAAAGUCAGCUUUGUUGUUGUGCCAGAUGAGGAGGGUGCCAGUGUACAGUUGUCUUCUGUAAACAUUGAAGUCUGCAUUAAAGUCUCGCCAACUGAAGGGACACCAGCUACCACUGCAGGAACACCAGCUACAACCGCUGGAACACCAGCUACAACUGUGGGGACACCAGCUACAACUGCAGGAACACCAGCUACAACAGCAGGUACGCCGGGUACAACAGCAGGAACGCCAGGAACAACUGCAGGAACACCAGCUACAACUCCUGGAAAAUACGAGUGUGCGGAAGAAGGAACCCCGUUGGACAGCACAAAUGGCCAGCUGUAUUCUGUUUUGGUUGACGGACAAUCUCCUGACCAGGAUGUGACUGGCGAUCAGCCCGUCGAUGUAACUGACAGAUUAGAUGUUACCUUGGAUGAGAGCAAGCUGGAGGAGACACCAGUAGUAAUGACUGUCUCUGUAGACGUCAACACCGACACACCAGGCAAACUCCGUGUUAUACUGACUAAUGAUGAUGAAGAAGUAGAGGUUAAAGUGUUUGACCUUACAACCGGUACUGUUGAUGUGACGUUUAACAAACCCGGCGACAAAGUCAGCUUUGUAGUUGAGCCAGAUGAGGAGGGUGCCAGUGUACAGUUGUCUUCUGUAGACAUUGAAGUCUGCCUUAAAGUGUUGCCAACUGAAGGAACACCAGCUACCACUGCAGGAACACCAGCCACAACUGUGGGGACACCAGCUACAACUGCAGGAACACCAGCUACAACUGCUGGAACACCAGGAACUACUCCAUCCAUCUUAGCACCAGAGGAUUGUGAGGACGACGUUUCUCUCCUCAACGCCGUUCCCUCGGAUGUCGGACAACCCGGACAGAACCCAUUUAGUCCAGGACAGAGUGACUUCAUUGAGCUUGAGUUCACCGAGUUACUUUUUGUGUACUCUGUGACAGUAGAGACAAGUGGUACAUUUACCCUACAGUAUAAAGAUCCUCUCGGAGCGUGGGUACCAUACCAAAGCAAGAUCGACGGACAGGAUGCACCAAACGGAGAAUUUUUGCCAGACUCAGUUGCUGAGCAGCGCUUUGCAGUGGUGCCAUUCAUAGCCUCGGCAGUAAGGGUAUACCCCACACAGGAUAUAACUGUCAGUAUCCAGGGAUGCAGUGAACCACCAACUGAAGGAACCACGACUUCUGUGAUACCUCCAUCUACAACUCCUGUCGUGUUCGAAUGCACAGAGCCAGAAAAGGAAGUACUCAGCACAACCGAGGGAGUUCUGAAAAUAUUAGACAAUAACGGUGUUGAUAUUACCAGUGCUUUGCAACCAGGUGAAGAUGGCACAACAGCAACCGAAUUCACAGCCUCUGUCAACCCAGACAGGCUUGAAAAUCCUCUGCCCACCGUAAUGACAGUCACUUUUACAGCACAGUCCCCUGCCGCUGGUACCAUUACUGUUACUUUGUCCAGUGGAGAGACCGAAGUCGAGUCAGAGGAAGUGGAGGUGUCCGAGGGCAGCAAUCCCGUCAGUGUGACCUUUAACAAACGUGGUGACAACGUCAAAGUGGACAUCAGUGGCAUUGCCGGAGUAACGGUAACCGAGUUCGUGGUGAAGAUGUGCGCUGAAGUUUCCGUGGAGGUCACCCCAACAGUGAUGACAACUAUUACAGUCAUGCCACCUUGUUCUGAUACCUGUGAUCAUCACAAGUGCUUGAAUAAUUCACAAAUAUGUAAUGGCGUUCAAGACUGCGAUGACGGCACAGACGAAUGUCUCGAAUACGACGACUGGGUUCCGGAAGGCACAUGCACUGAAACGUGUGGCGAUUUUGGAGAACAGAAGUUUGUUCGACGCUGCAAAGUCCAUCGUUGUGAGAAUCCCGUGGAAGAGGAAAGAUUCGAACCGUGCAACAGACACGCCUGCGACUGCGUUUUCUCGAUGUCUGAUUAUCCAUACCUGGAAGAAGUCUCACCGGCAUGGAUUCAGAAGAACGAUCAACCUGGCAUCCAGGAUGACGAGAUCGUGUCGCCAGGAGAUAUCAUUGACAACGCCGUCAUCGUCUUUGUGGGAUGUAAUAACUGUACCUGUGAUAAUGGCCAAUGGGACUGUACCACAGCUCCAUGCGUUGGGUGCGUGUACGAGGAAUGGUCGCAAUGGACUGAAUGUUCUAAGACCUGUGAUAACGGAGUAAGAUCAAGGACGAAGGUACUUAAGAGCGCAGAUGACACGACCUGCCUUCCUGAGAUUACGGAAGAAGAACCUUGUAACACACAACCUUGCCCUGGCUGGAGCUCUUGGGGCCCCUGGUCCGACUGUAGCGAGGAUUGCAACGGUGUUCAAACGAGAACAAGAACUUGCCAGAACAGUCAGGAUCCAGCCGGCUGUGAAGGAACGCCACUCGAGUCUAAAGGCUGUAACAAGGACACAGAGGCUUGCAAAGAAGAGGAAUGUGCCGAACUAGGCAUGGUGUACACAGAUUGCGUAAAGGCCUGUCCACAUACAUGUCAAGACUAUCGUCUGCCGGCGUCCUGCGUUGAUGACGCUGAAGGAUGUGAACCUGGCUGUGACUGCAAGGAAGGAGAAGUUCGGUAUCAGGGCCAGUGUGUCCCUCAAGAUUCAUGCGCUUGCUAUUUGGAUGACGGUUCAGAAAUUCAAGUCGGUUUGACUGUUAACACAGACGAUUGUACAAAAUGCUCUUGCGCAGCUGAUGGUAAAAUCACAUGCGUCCCAGACCCAGAUUGCGACCGUGAUUGCGGAUGGUCCGACUGGUCAUCAUGGGGAGAAUGUUUGUGCGAUUCCACGAAGGAAAAAUUCAGAUUCAGAACCCCCGACAACCCACCACGUGCCGGCAACGGUGCAGAAUGCGAGGGCCGCGAUAACGAGACCAUGAAAUGCACAGAGGAACAGUGUCCGCCGUUAUGUACAUACAAGGGUCAAGGCUACGAGCUCGGACAGGAAGUGUACCGAACUGACUGUCAAGUCUGCUCCUGCACAAUGAACGGAAGUGUGGAAUGUGUGGAUGAUCUGUCCAAGAAGAUUAAUGGUGGCGUGUCUGACUGGAGCGAAUGGUCUGUCUGCAGCCGUGACUGCAAAGGCGGAAAGAGACACAGAACCAGAAGCUGUGACAACCCCUUCCAGGCGUGCGGAGGUGACAGCUGUGUAGGAGAAAAUCUUCGCGAAGAGGAACCAUGCAAUGAAGACGUUCCAUGUUGCUUGCGUGAAAACUGGAGCGACUGGGACGUAUGUACCGACUGCGAGCAAGAGUCAAAGCGAACUCGCGGUUUCGUGGACAACCCUGCCGGCUGUGGUGAUGUGGAGGAAGAGACUAAGCCUUGUGCUGAUGAGCUGACUGAUUGUAAACCCCCAUGCGUGUACUCCGAAUGGACGGACGGUGAAUGUUCCGUGACUUGUGGGCCGGGAGAAUAUGAGAGAACACGUACAGUCUUGGAAGGCGAGGAAUGUCCAGAGACAUCUGAAUUCCUGCCAUGCACCAAACCUGACUGUCCUUGUACCGACCCAAACAUGGUUUGGAGUAACUAUAGUAACUGCGAGCCUACAUGUGAAAACCGAAAUGCCGAAUUGUCCUCUGAAGUCUGCAAUGAUUACAGUCCGGACUGCAUCUGUGAGGAAGGUUACGUUCUGGUCAACGAUAAGUGCGAGCCAGAGGACACCUGCGACUUAUGCCGAGUCGGAGAUAAGGUCUACCAGUCUGGAGACUCUUUCAAAGACCCUGAAGAGCCAUGCAACCACUGUACUUGCACGGCCGGAAGUAUUACAUGCAGCCGGCGAUGCGAAGAGGUUGUUUGCAGCAGUGAUGAAAUACUGGUCCGUGCUGAAGAAAGCGGCAGAUGUUGUGACGUUUGUGAACUAAGGAAAGUGGAUACUUGCUCACUACGACAGGGUCGGCGUGUGUUGUCGGUGAAGGGAAGCAACGGUGAAGAAUGCCAGACCAAGGAGCCAGUGACCUACACGUACUGCUCCGGAGGCUGCGGAGACUCUGAAUACACCCCCAUGCUGUCCCUUGUCGACGGCGGCACCGCUGACUCCACAUGUCGCUGUUGUUCAGGCGUCUUUGCUGGAUCUUUGGAAGUGGAGGUCGAGUGUCCAGGUGGAGAAACAAUGACGGCAAAAUACCCAGCGUUUUCGGGCUGCCAGUGUGACGCUUGUGCCGGCGAGAUUCCCGCCUAUUAGGCGAGAUUGCGCGAGACUUCCGUACAAGCGGAUCACUCAGCAAUUAUACUGGAAAUAUGAUUCACAAUAGUAAAGAACAAAUUAAAUAAAUUUAA